UUCCAGAAAAUACAAAAGCGUGUCUCUAACCUCAUCCAGCGAAAGCAUAGACACUAUUCACAUUCACAAGAACUAAGAACUGUUACUAUUGCGAUCACAUAAGUCAUAUUUAAUUCCUUGUGUAAUUAUUUGUACAUACUUGUUAAUUUUUAGCAACUUUUUAUUAUUAUCAGCUCUACGAACUGUCAGUAAUUGUUAUUUGUGAUUAAGUAAAAACAGCUGAGUCGGUGUUACAUUUUUUUAUUUUUAGCCAAACUUCUGAUUAGUUGAAUUUUGGAUAAACGGAUUCAGUUUUGUCAUUCGAGUUGUGUCACAGUAAGAAUAUUUAAUUUAUUCAAGGUACGGAGUUUAGAAAUUGAAGUAGACUUUUACUUUUUCUAUCAUAAAAAAUGGCCAAGUGGGGUGAAGGAGAUCCAAGGUGGAUUGUAGAAGAGAGACCUGAUGCUACAAAUGUCAAUAACUGGCACUGGACUGAGAAAAAUGCCUGUGCUUGGUCGCAGGAAAAAAUCAAAGAGUUGUUUAAGAAUUUUAAAAUUGAGGGUGACGGAAUCAGCUGCACGGUAAAAGAAGUGGAAACUUGCGAAGGAGAAGCGGUUGUCAAUAAUCGCAAAGGCAAGCUCAUAUUUUUCUACGAAUGGAACAUUGCGUUGAAGUGGGACUCCAAUGACGAUUCGGAUAUCAGUGGGAAAAUAAAUAUUCCAAACUUAUCAGAAGAAAACGAUAUCUCGGAAGUUGAUUUCGAAAUUACAUUGAAGAGUAGUACAAACGAGGGGGAAAAAGUUAAACACUUCUUACACACUAAAGGCAAAGAGAAACUCAGAGACCGGCUGGCUCUUUAUAUAUCUGCUUUGAAAGAAGAAUUUUCCCGAGGGAUGAUACUGCCACAAAAAAAUAGUGUCAAUAAAAAUGUUGUAAAUUCAGCGCCAGCUUCCAACAUCAAAGCGAAAAUGAACGAAGCUGUUGUCUCGUCAAAUAAAUCAUUAGGCUACAAGAUAGCGACAACGACAAUUAAGCAGCAGCAAAAAUUCCAGUGUAGAGGCCAGGAGUUCUUUAAUGUAUUUACAACAACUGAGAUGGUACAAGCGUUCACGAAGGGUCCCGUUAAGGUAGAUCCGAAAAAGUCCGGAAAAUUCGAGCUUUUUGGUGGAAACAUAUACGGCGAAUUUGUAGAAGUCUCUCCAACGAAAAUAGUCCAAAAAUGGCGCACCAAACAGUGGCCUGACGGGCAUUUUAGCGAAGUAACUAUUGACAUUAACGAGAGAGGCGACCACACGGAAGUUAAUCUCACACAAACCGGAGUACCAUCAACCGAGGAAGAGUCAACAAAAGAGAACUGGGAUCGGUACUACUGGGACGCUAUAAAACGUACCUUUGGCUUUGGUUAUUUUAUGUGAUCUAAAUUUCUCAUAAUACGUAUUUAUUUAAUAAUUAAAUAGGUAGAACUAUACACAAUUUUUAUCAUUUUAAUCUAAGCUUAAUCUGAUUAUUCAUUCAAUACUUUAAAGACAAAUCAAUGCAGGAUUUGAAACUGCCAUUUUUGAGGAUAAUGUCAUCAUCAAAUUUUUAUGAUGGGUUCUAAAUAUUAAUUGAUAAUUAAUUAUAAAAACAAAACCAUUGAAAUAAAAAAAUGCUGGAAGUGUUCUGUACACUAAUUUAGUUGAAUAAAAAAAAAAUUCAGCCAAA